GCAGGAACAGCCCGUAUGAGUGAAGCGUGAGAGAGGGAGAGUGAGCAUAAGCGUGCCAGAUUAUUCUCUUGCUCCUCGGGCUAAAUAUAUGUCAAGCAAAGGUAGGGCACAUAGGAACAGCCGAGUGAUACAGAAAUGCCCUUGCCUGACUUGUAGCAAGCAACACUGCUCAGCUCUCUCUCUCUCUUUCGCCUUCUGUUUGAUAUUCUUGGAAAUGUCGCUUUCUUGAAAUCCAUGGUGUUCAUCGAGCAUCAAGAGACGCGGGACCCGAAUACAACCCUUCUUAUGCUUAAUUCGGAGGGCAAGCUGAACAGUACUGGUGAAUACGUAACCCAUCACAGCCAUGGGACGACCACGCCCACUAAACUCUCCAAGAGAGAGUCACUCAAGGCACAAAAGAAAAAUUACAGAAGGGAAAAGAAAAGAGUGACGAAGGAACUCCUUUCAGCUCUCAAGGAUCCUUCGAUCAUUGUAAUGGCAGAUUAUAUGAAGGUGAGAGGGAGUUUGAAAGGAUGGACCAAACUAUGGUGUGUGUUGAAACCAGGUCUACUCGUCAUCUAUAAGAGUCCCAAGCAUGGCCAAUGGGUAGGAACCAUUUUACUCAAUAACUGUGAGCUGAUAGAGAGGCCUUCGAAGAAAGAUGGCUUCUGCUUCAAGAUUUAUCAUCCGCUGGACCAGUCCAUCUGGGCAACAAGGGGACCGAAAGGCGAGACGAUGGGGUCGAUUACACAGCCUCUUCCAGGCAGCUAUCUCAUAUUCCGAGCUCCGUCUGAGUCGGACGGCAAGUGCUGGAUGGACGCCCUGGAGCUUGCCCUGCGUUGCUCGAGUUUGCUAAUGAGAUCCAUGAGGGAUGAUACAGCCGGCUUGACAGCAGAGAAGAAGAUGAACGACAAUGAGAUUGAGAACAAGCACUUCAAGCAUGAAGGUCUUGACGAGGAUGACCUCGACAACGAACGAGAGAAAGACAAUGACAGUAAGAGUGAAUCAGAGGUUUCCGAGGUGGAGGAGCUUGCCCCGUUAGAAGCCAUUCAACAGGAUACCAGAGAAACAACCUACUUGCCAGGUACCUCAGAAGAUCUCUGCCUUGACAUUUCCCAGACUGAGACGUUAGGAGAGGAGAACAAGAGUCUUAUCUGGACCCUGAUGAAACAGGUCCGACCUGGGAUGGACCUUUCCCGCGUCGUCUUGCCAACCUUUGUCUUGGAACCCAGGUCGUUCCUAGACAAGCUCUCCGAUUUCUACUUCCAUGCGGACAUCAUCUCCAGGGCUGUGCAAGAAGAUGAUGCAUUUUCAAGAAUGAAAGAAGUAGUCAGAUGGUAUCUAUCUGGAUUCUACAAGAAACCAAAGGGUUUGAAGAAACCGUAUAAUCCUAUCAUAGGUGAAACAUUCCGUUGUUUAUGGGAACAUCCAAAGACUAAAACGAGGACAUUCUACAUAGCAGAACAGGUAUCCCAUCAUCCUCCAGUGACGGCAUUCUACAUCACAAACAGGAAGGAAGGAUUCUGCAUCAGCGGAAGCAUUCUCGCCAAGAGCAAGUUUUACGGGAAUUCCGUCUGUGCCGUCAUGGACGGGGUUGGGAAGCUCAUGCUACUAGGGCGGGGCGAGGAUUAUCUCAUCACGAUGCCGUAUGCUAACUGUAAAGGUAUUCUUUAUGGCACACUGACAAUGGAGUAUGGUGGCAAAGUAACUCUGGAAUGUGAGAAGACUGGAUACAGAACUGAAAUUGAAUUCAAGCUCAAGCCUUUCUUGGGAGGUAGUGAUUCAUCGAAUCAGAUCAACGGGAAGAUUAAAUUUGGCAAGGAAACGUUAGCAACACUCAGCGGAAAAUGGGAUGAAGAAGUCUUCAUCAAAGACAAGAGAACAGAGAAUUCUGAACUCUUCUGGGCUGUGACACCGGAAGUAAAGAAUGGCAGGUUAACACGGUCAACAGUCAUGUUUGAUGAACAAGCAGAGAAUGAAUCAGAAAAAUUAUGGCGGCACGUGACGGCUGCGCUCAGCAAAGGAGACGUCCACGACGCCACCAAAGAGAAGUUCAUUUUGGAAGAACAGCAGAGGAAUGGUCACAAGGAGAGGAAGAUUAAGAUGGUCGAAUGGGUCCCGAAGCUCUUUGAAAGAGACGACAUCACCGGUGAUUGGAUCUAUAAACAUAUGGAUACGAGGCCAUGGGAUAUUUUGAAUGACAUUGAGCAGUUUGAAGUCGAUGGCGUGAUACAGACAAGAACCAGACAUAGAACACAGAUUGUUAGGACGACAAGUAUCGUGAGCUUACCGAACAGACGCAAUGGACCAACAGAACAAAGACUAAAGCGGAACGCUUCUAUCAAGCACGCCCAUAACAAGAAGAAGCAGGGACGAUCGCGCAUUGGUAGUGGGUCACCUGACCCAGCGAGCGGAGAAAGCGAUGAUUCAUCCAUCGAAAAUUCAGAUGUAACGGAUGACAUUGAAGUGUCCAGUCAGAAAUCCGGUGCUAGAGCGCUCUCUGGAGUCCGUGUUGAGGACAUCAUCGGUCCGAUCAAAGAAGGUUCCGACUCGGUCCAGAAAGAGCUCAAGACAAUCAACAGUAGACUGGCGUUCAUGGUCCAACAACAAUCCCAAUCACGUGCUUCCUCAGGCGCCCUCUCUCGGUUUGAUUGGUUCAUGCUUGCCGCGUUUCUCGUCCUCGGUCAGAUAGUCUCGGCGUACUUCCUAAGAUCGUGAGUGAGUUGGUAUGUUUCGGUGUGACAUCUGUGAUCUAUUGUUCAGGUUGAUUGUAUUGAUUAGGGUCUGGUAGCACCAAGCUUGGCAAUUGAUCAUGUAAUCAAUUUUUACAAUUGAUUUUAAGCAUUGAGGAGGCAUGGUAGCUCAGUGGGUAGAGCAGUGGAUCUGUGGUCUCGCAAUCAGGCACCUGGGUUCAAAACCCAGUCAGUGCUCCAGUGCCCAUUGGUAAGAAGGCUUUUAUCCUCCUUACCAGGUCCCUUGGAGAGGACCUUAAGCUGUCAGUCCUUUGGUUGGGUAUUAACAAGUAUUAAUGCUUUCUCAGCAGUCGGGUAAAGUAACAAACGCCACAAUAGAUCGUAAAAAUGAUCAGUCAAAUCAAUUGUAAAUACUUGAAUAUACCCUCUGAUCAAUUGUUAAGUUUUGUCUUACCAGGUGCGAAACUGUAAUAGAUCUAUUCUGAUCAAAACAGGGAGGAAUGUACUGAUUUGAUGUAAAAGAAAAAAGGCCAAUUUAUCGAUGUAUUCCAGUAUGUGGUUUGUGUGUCUGAGAACAUCUGAAAAACAAAUGUUUGAUUUAUUAAUUUUCUUUUUCAAAUUAAACCGUACACAUUGCAAUAAUGGUUUUGGUUGUAACUUCAUAUACUUCAAUGAUACUUUGUUUUAUUGAUUUUUAAAUUUAUCUUUCUUUUGUGGACAUGACAAAGAUUGUUUAGUGCUAGUGUGCAGCCAUAUGGAGCAUUAUAGGUGAAAUAUAAUAAUGAAUUUCAAUCAGAUUUUUGAGAUAUUAGGAAACAGUAAAAAGAAAAAAAAGUAGCUAUACAGGUAAGGACCUCAGAUUUAUCAUAGCAGUAAUCCAUCACCGACAUGUAUUUUUGGAAAUUGUGAGAAUGGUGGAAAACAUUCAGUUUUGAUAAUAGACCGGUGGGCAACCUUGAAAGUAUGUAAAUUGUCAGCAUACUGAUUCACAUAUUGUUACAUGACUUUAAGAAUAAUUUAUUGAUUGAUGUUGAUUAUUACUAAGUCUUAUCUUAGUUAUUGAUGCAUUGAAUGCUGUGUACAUGUAAGUCCACUUUCCACUCUUUCAAAUCUACGAAUAUAGAUUUUCAUUUCUUGGAGCGCAGCUGUUCCUUUAAUAUUCAUGCAGUCAAGUUGAGGAUGAUUGAGUCAUUAUUGCCUUGUAAAUUUGAUUUUUAUUCCCACAUUAAGUUAAAGUAUUAACAUACAAAUCACUCUGUGUUUUCUUGAUUUCUAUUUUCCUUAUUUAACAAUAUAAUAAUAAUGAUAACAACGGUUAUUGUGAAAUAAUUUAACCAAUAGGGCAAGUGUGCAAACUUUGCGAUGAACAUAUCUACAAUACAUGUACGUGUAUAUAAAUUUGAACUCGCCAUUUUGUUCCGAGAGUUUGCGAAGGACUUGUAUGUUUUUAUAUAAAAGCUUUAGCUAUAUGUACGUUAUUUUGAUGUAGUAUUUUUUAAUGGUAAGUACUCAUCGUCGUUUGUUGACCAAUGAUUCUUCCUACAUUGAUAGAGCCAUCAAAAUGAACAAAAAGAUAUAUUUUUUAUUGUAGAAAUUGUAAUCGAGUGUCUGUAGUUUCACUAGACGAUAAAUUGAUGUGUUGUAACAUUGAUAUGCAUAUCACUUGUGAAUUAAUUAUAAGUGUAAUUGUUUUGAUAUGCCGAUUAAGAUUGCUGAAGGCUAGGGUGGAGAUGCCCUUUAUUUUAGUCACCUGGGAAAUAAAACAUUUUUCAACUUUAAAGAGAUAAGUUUAAAGUAUCAUUAAAAGUAUACAAAUUUGUAUCUGACAGUAGGGGAGGAAUACCAUAUCUCUUAAUGCUAGUUUUAUAUCUGGAACAAUUCUUGAUCUUUUAAAAUUGUAAUGGAUGUCGUUAUAAAUAGUAGUGGAAGUCACAAUCUAAGAAUGCGAGAGAUACACUGCCUGAAACUGAAAGUAACCGUGAAAACCAAACAUGCCCUAAUUAAAACAGCCUGGUGCUUCCUUUAUCGUGAAAUCAUAGAUGUAAUUGAUCAAUAACUAAAAUAUAACCUGUAAAGCUCGGCCAAGAUUGCGGUUUAGAUUCGAUUUGAUUUAAUUUAUUGAUUUCGGUAAUAUGAUAAACAUAACAUAAUAAGGAAACAAGGUCGAACAUACUACAAGACAUAAUAUGAUAUAUAUAAUAUAAUCAUAGAUUUAAGGAACACAAUUCAAUGUUGAACUGGUGAUUUUGAUGUUUAAAUCUGGGGCCCGUAAAACGAAGAUUAGCUAUUGAUUGUUUGGCUGAUCUUCCCAUUGAUCAUACACAAUAAUCAGUGCAAUCGAUGAUAGAAAUCGGCUCCAUGAUCAAUCGCAAGGCUUUAUGUCACAGGGCCUCAGACAAAGUUACUGCCAUGAAGGAAACGAUCAACCGAUCAGGGUCAAAAUCAGCUUUGAUACCUCCUUAUAAGUAAGGCAGGCGUAAAACAGAGAUACGCUUAUUGUUUUUUCUGCACAAAGAGUCAUACAUGUAGACCUAUGGCCAGGCCUCAUUAUUUCAUUGCAGGGCAAAGCGUUCUAUUACUAGAAGCAUAACAGCGCAAUUGCCAUCACCUUCAUUUGGCAAUUUAUUUCUAGACUUAUGAUUGUUUGUUUUUUUAUUAUCUAGAAUUAAACUGAAAUUGAUUGCAUGUUUCUAGGUACAACAUCCUUAGAUUUUUAUUCCUCCCCGACACAUCUCAUUUCCAUUCUCCAUACAUUAUGUCCGUGAUUCUGACAUCUAAAUCAGUGUUAUGUUGCAAAAAAAUAUAUUAUUUCAAUUACCAUUCCAGCUGGAAAAUAACUAUUCUUUUGCCCCGUGGAUAGUUUAUCUUUCCCUAAUCUUUGCCUAAAGCUGCAUCAUUGGAUAAACUUUAACAUUAAUAUGAAUGGGGAUUUCCAGUGCUCCUUUUUUUUUCCAGUGCUUUUGAGCUUUUCGGGGGGUAAAUCACCCCCAGCUCCCAUGUAAUUUUUUUUUCCUUGCCUGGAGAAGAGAAGUACUUCAAAAUAGAAAAACAGCAAAUCAGUAAUUAUAAAUAGAAUUAUAAACUCUUCAUGAGCUUGCAUAUAUCCAUGCCUUACACUGUGGGGAAAUAUCGACUGAACAAACAAAACUGACAUUUGGCAGACCUGCCAACCAGUACGUUUUAGCCGUAUUUAUUCCUUUUUUUUUUUUUUUUUACUAAAUCGUAAUUUAUUGAGAAAAAUAAUCUCUAUAUGUCUCUAUUUCAUAAAACGUGCACAAAUAUGGUUAUUAGAUCAAUGUAAUUUCAGGUAACUUGUUUUUUUUUCAAUCAUUUUGUUCAAACCAGGGUGAAGAUAUACACAUGUUUUAAUGUUUUUUUUUCAUCUGCAAGAGCAGUGCGCAUUUUAGCUUGCAUGCAGCUUGAGCGCCGCGAUGAGCGAGUGCGCCAAGCAUUUUAUUAUGAAAUACACUUUUUUGGGGAAAAAUACAGUUUUUUUUUUCACAGAAUACAGUUUUUCAUUCCCAGAGGUUGGCAGGUCUGAUUUGGCUAUUUAUGUUGAACCGUUUUCGAUUGUUUUGUAAAUGAAUUUAAUUCUCUACGAGGACCAAUGGUUUCCAUUUUUUGUGAAAAAAAUGUAUAUUUAAAAGGAAUGACAUUAGCUUUUUAAAUGUAGUAUAACAUUUUAGAUAAGAAAGUUGUUUUAUAGUUCAUUUUAUUUAUAGCCAUCAAUUUUCAUUAUGAUGUUAUGAAGUGAUCAAAGAUAAAGAUGUAAUUGUAAUUACAUUUAUAUUCAGUAGACAUUUAGUUAGUAACAAGCUUCCUUGCCAAUUUUUCUUUACAAACUUUUAUCUGUCUUGAAUUCAAACUCAGUGAUGGUGCAACUCUAUAGUCAUAUUUAAUUAAUGAAAAUGAGGGGAAACAAGUCCUCUUGCUUGUAAGCAUACAGAACUUCAAAGUGUCUGUAAUUUUGAGUCAUAGAGGACAAACAAUAUC